CCGGUAGGGAGAAAGAUGAACGACUCCAUGUUAGAAGCCAUGCGAUUUUUUUUCUUGUCAAGAAGGAAAAGUCUUGUGCGUCUCAACUUGAGUCAAGAUGUUGCUGGGGCAACGUUCAUGGCAGCAGGAAGCUCUGCACCGGAACUCUUCACAGCCAUUCUUGGCGUUUUCAUCGCAAAAGGAGAUGUUGGAACAGGUACAAUUGUAGGUUCUGCCGUUUUUAACAUCCUAUUCGUCAUUGGACUUUGUGGUAUUCUAGCAGGAAGAAUGAUCGUUUUAUCCGGUUGGCCACUGUUCCGUGAUUCUGCUUGUUACAGUUUGUCUGUAAUCAUCUUGUUCAUUAUUAUCUACGAUAAGACAGUGACGUGGUAUGAAUCGCUCAUUAUGUUGAUAGGAUACGUUCUCUACAUCCUGUUGAUGAAGUUCAACAGAGGUAUCUAUGGGUGGGUGUCCAAUAGGCUAGGGUUAAUUGAAGAAGACUCAACUGCUUUAAGCAUUCUGUCUCAUGGCAACGACAAGAAAUGCUACAGUUCUUACGUUCCCUUCAAUGACGAGAUUGACGACUUUGCUCAGACAGCAGUGACGUCACAACCUGUAAUACCUGCAGACGAGGCUAUACGUGAUAGUCAAAGAAGAGUCACACUAUACGAAGCUGCCUUAAUGAUGCUAAUGACACGUCAUUUUCGCCCGUAUACCCGUUUCCGGAGUGCUGCACAGCGGAUAAUUCUCGAGAUAAGAAGACAAAGAGGGCGUCUCAUUAAACUGCAAUCUCAAUCUUCUGUUGAUCCAACAGAAUUUUUACGUCGCAGAAGAAGCGUGAGCGUGAGCAUCAGUUGGACAGCUGAUGCACCAUGGAGGAGGUUACCAAAAUUAGAGGACGGAAUUUUGAAUAUUUGUAAGUGGGUUGUCAGAAUUCCGGUUUUGGCAGCUCUGCAUUAUACUAUACCUGACUGCAAGAAGAACGAAUGGAGGAACUGGUUUUUGGUAGCCUUCUUUAUGUCCAUAACAUGGACUGCUGUGUUCUCGUACAUCAUGGUGUGGAUGGUGACAUUGAUAGGAUUUACGAUGGGGAUUCCAGACACUAUCAUGGGAAUCACUUUCUUGGCCGCCGGAACCAGCGUUCCUGAUGCAUUCGCGAGUUUGAUCGUCGUUAAACAAGGACAAGGAGAUAUGGCCGUUUCCAAUAGUAUUGGUAGUAACGUCUUUGAUAUUCUGGUGGGACUAGCCUUACCAUGGUUCAUCCAGACUUCUAUUAUAGAACCCGGAUCCUUGGCUACAAUCAACAGUCAAGGCAUGGUGUACUCUGUUAUUAUUCUUUUCUUAAUUAUCAUUAUCACAAUUUACUCCAUCUACCGAUGUAAUUGGCAGUUAACCAAACAGCUUGGAAUAUUCUUGGUAGCACUAUAUUUUGUUUUCCUAGUAAUAUUUAGCCUUCUAGAGUUCAACAUUGUUGGGAACCUUAAUCCACCUAUGUGUCCAGAGUGACGACGAUUCCCGAAGAAAUGAUGAUGAUGAUGAAAGGAAUGAUUAUGGAACAUCAGAAAGAAUUUGUUCUUUAUUUCAGCGAGUAAUCCUGAUUCUGUAAAGAUAGAAUAUCGUUAUGCCUCUUGUUUGCGUGUACAACGAAACCGAAAAUUAAAUGGACAGUAAUAUCUGUGAGACUUUUACGCUCGUGUUUUCAAAAUUACUCUCAACAGAAACGGAAAAAAGACAACCGUGUGAUUACAGAAACGGAAAAAAAAGACAACUGUAUGUUUACAGAAAGAUUCGUUGAAGAAAUGUUACCCGCAUGCGAAUUUAUUCUAGUUUGAUGUAAUAGUUGGAUGGACAUUUCGGAAAGAAGUGGCGUGUAUUUUGAACUGCGUAGAUGAGGAGGUAUUUAAACUACUAGAAACAGCUUAUUUGCAUACAACUUUCUAUCUGUCGAAGUAAGAAUCUGCAAAAGCUCACAUUACGUUAAAUUUUCAGUAUAAAUAAAAUUGCUUUAGAGUUAAAAUUCUCCUCUUAUUUAUAUAUCUUACAACGCAAUACAGCGCUCCUAUUGGAUUAUUGUACAUGUAUCGUGAUUAGAUGUUAAAUACAGCGCUCCUAUUGGAUUAUUGUACAUGUAUCGUGAUUAGAUGUUAAAUACAGCGCUCCUAUUGGAUUAUUGUACAUGUAUCGUGAUUAGAUGUUAAAUCUCGUUAGUUGUUAUUGAAACGUUCAGGGUCUAUAGUGAACACAUUGUUGUUCAAGUUUUAUAGUGAACACAUUGUUGUUCAAGUUCUUUAGUGAACACAUUGUUUCCCUGUGAUGUGUAUGUUCAAAUUAAAUCUCAACGUAUUUCUAAACUUAGCUAAAAAAAACCACUGUGGUACGAAACGUUGUCAAUAUUGAAACAUCUUUUUUUCGUGUUACAAGUUGUUUUUUUCUACUUUCUGUUUUCAUAUUUCUAAAAUUGCAAACCUUAAGUUGAUAAGAAGUCAACACGCAAUUUAGAGCAAUAUUCAGUAUGAUGUAAACUUUGACACUUUACGUGCACAGUGGUCAUCAGAAUAGCCGAUCCUGUUAAGUGAGUUCAAUUAUUGUCUUACUCUUAUAUUUAGAUUAUAAAUAAAUAUAUUUGCAAACCAUG